AUGGACCGCGCAGUGCGCGGUCGACUCGAAGACCUGCGGCAGGCGGGAAGGCCUGGUCAUGCGAUGUGGGGAUCACAUAACCAGCAAAAAAGAGGCAAAGCCAGAUUGUUUCGGGCUCAGACUUGGAGCUCUGAGUCAAAGCUCACCAAAAUUGGUAGCCAAUGGUACACCACGCAGCAGUAUGCCACGGUGGACACCCAGUGA